GCAGGUCCACUGCAAUGUCUGUCAAACACAGCUGCUCAUUAUUCGACACGUUUUCAACCGGAUAAUCCCGAGUUGGCGUUUGGAUUAUUGCUCCUGCUGUGUUUUUGUAGGUAAAAAAAAAAAAAAAUCAAUUCAUCGGCUUAGGCAGGACGGGAUUCACUUUCUGUGGACUUAUUCUCAACUUUUGGAAGCUGUGUUUCAACGUUUAGACUUGUAACAAGUUGCGGUUGCCAGUGGUCACACAGUUUGUGGAGACUGGAGAAGCACACGUGUAUCCUCCCUCCUCCUCCGGCUGCUCACACAUCGACCCUUCAGCGCUUUCUGGAUAAAAGUAGUUUUUUCUGUUUGGGAUUUCGCUUAAAGCAGGAAGAAAAAGUGACAGACAACAUGUCGCUAAGCAGAAGUAUUGAAUUUGAACACUUUGAGGAACGAGAGAAGCCGCACAGGGCACCGAGAACCAACUCGGUCUCCGGGUCCCAGUCUGGCUCCAGAGGCAACGGUCUGGUCCCCAGCCCGGCGCACAGCGCGCACUGUAGUUUCUACCGCACACGUACUCUCCAGUCCCUCACAUCCGAGAGGAAGGCUAGAAAAGUGCGAUUCUAUCGCAAUGGAGACAAGUAUUUUAAAGGUCUGGUGUACGCCGUGUCCAACGACCGGUUCAGGUCUCUGGAUGCUCUGCUCAUGGAGCUCACACGGUCCCUGUCUGACAACGUCAACCUUCCUCAAGGAGUCCGGUCGUUAUACACGUUGGAUGGAGGCAGGAAGAUCACCAGUAUGGAUGAGUUAGUAGAGGGUGAGAGUUACGUGUGCGCCUCCAACGAACCCUUCCGACGUGUGGACUACGCCAAGAACGUUAACCCCAACUGGUCAGUGGGCAUCAAGACCGGCACAUCACGCUCCCUCUCCUCCCUCAUCCCGCUGAAGAAUGAACUGCAGCGGGAAUCCAAGGACUUCAUCAAACCGAAGCUCGUCACAGUCAUCCGCAGCGGUGUCAAACCCCGCAAGGCAGUUCGGAUACUGCUCAAUAAGAAGACGGCACACUCCUUUGAGCAGGUGCUCACUGACAUCACGGAUGCUAUCAAGUUGGACUCUGGAGCUGUGAGGAGACUUUACACUUUGGAGGGCAGGCAGAUUACCUGCCUGCAGGACUUCUUUGGGGACGAUGAUGUGUUCAUAGCGUGUGGCCCAGAGAAGUACCGCUAUGCCCAGGAUGACUUUGUGUUGGAUCACAGCGGUAAGGCUUCCACAGCCUUUAUGACUGAAUGCAGAGUGCUGAAGUCAUCGUACAGCCGCUCUGCUACUCCAAACCGAACAGCUAAGAGCCCUGGACCUUCACGACGCAGCAAGUCCCCUGGUGCAGCAAGGCGACCUGUCCACUACUCCACCAGUCAGUCUCCAAUCAAAUCCCCAGUAAAUGGUGUCUCAAAUAGCCAGAUCUCAACUCCGAAGUCCACCAAGUCCUCCACUCCGUCUCCCACCAGCCCCCGAACCAUCCCCAGUUUUAAGAUACCUCCAUCACAUCACAGUUCCUCCCCAAAUGUAAAUGGCUCGUUGAACAACCACCAAGAGCAAAGCAAUCGACUGAGUCCAGAGGCAGUUAAUGGUAACCGUUACCUGCCUGCCUCCACCAUUUUGGAAAAAUACAAAGUUGGGAAGGUCAUUGGAGAUGGCAACUUUGCUGUGGUCAAGGAGUGUGUGGAGAGGUCCACAGGAAAAGAGUUUGCACUGAAGAUCAUCGACAAGGCCAAGUGCAGUGGAAAGGAGCACCUCAUCGAGAAUGAGGUGGCAGUGCUGCGGAAAGUGAAACACCCCAACAUCAUCAUGUUGAUUGAGGAGGUGGACACUCCCUCUGAACUGUACCUGGUUAUGGAGCUUGUCAAGGGAGGGGAUUUAUUUGAUGCCAUCACCUCCUCGGCCAAAUACACAGAAAGAGACGCCAGCAUCAUGGUGUACAACCUCGCCGGAGCUCUGAAGUACCUGCACAGCAUGAACAUCGUCCACAGAGAUAUUAAACCAGAGAACCUGCUGGUGUUUGAGUACCCAGAUGGCACCAAGUCACUGAAGCUUGGGGACUUUGGCCUGGCCACAGUCGUGGAGGGACCCCUGUAUACCGUAUGUGGCACUCCUACAUAUGUGGCUCCAGAAAUCAUCGCAGAGUCUGGUUAUGGUCUGAAGGUGGAUAUCUGGGCUGCAGGUGUCAUCACCUACAUCCUUCUGUGUGGCUUCCCUCCGUUUAGAAGUGAGAGUAACUUGCAAGAGGACCUGUUUGACCAGAUCCUUCUGGGGCGACUAGACUUCCCCAGUCCUUACUGGGACAACAUCACCGACUCAGCCAAGGAGCUGAUUGGAAAGAUGCUGCAGGUCAACAUGGAGGCUCGAUACACAGCACAAGAUGUCCUCUCCCACCCAUGGGUCACGGACGAUGCAGUUAUGGAGAACAACAUGAAGAUGGAGGUGACAGGUAAACUGCAGACGCACUUUAACACUGCGCCAAAGCACAACAACACCACAGCUGGUGUGGCGGUCAUCAUGAACACAGCUCUAGAUAAAGAGGCCUUCCAGCUCACCGCCCGUCGUUGUCCAGACCCCCAAACAGCUUGCAACAAAGUCCCAUCUGCCCUCCCAAUCAAACCAGCCUCACCGACAAAGCCGGGACCAGCUUCUCCAACCAAACAAGCGUCAAGCACCAAAGUAUCAAAACCCGCCAAGCUGACAUCACCCAGCAAGACCACCGUGACUGCUGUGCCUGAUUCUAAUCCUCCCUGCUCUCAACCCCAGAAUGAAAAUGACCCAUUAGCUUCUAAGCUUCACCUCCCUCCCUCUGCUCCUGUAAGUUCGCUUCAGUUCUCCCCUUCACCCUCCACUGAAACUUUCCCUAUCACCUCUUUGCCGGUAGCAUUCCCUCCUGAAAUAAGAACAUCACCCACAUCACCCUCUGCUGCUCCCUGCUUAUCUCUAGAAGCUCCCUUACCCUCAGGCACUCUUGGUCUUUUCACCUGCACAACUCCCUCUACACCUGUCUCCUGUCCCUCCCCAUCUUCUCCUACCAAAGAUGUGACACCCCAGUCUUCCUCUCCCACAAAGCAAGCUUCCCCUUCCCCCAUCUCCCCUGUCAAACCUGCUGUAUUCCUCCCUCUCUCUUCCCCGACCAAACAAGAAGCUUCCUCCCCUUCUCCAAUCCAUCCAACCCUGUUUCCUUCUCCUCCCUCUACACCUCCCAGAUCCACAACCCCGCUCUCCCCAGCUGGCCCUCCUUCUCCCAGCCCUCUACCUGCUGAAGAGCUCAUGGAGAAGGUUUAAAAGCCUGGGCUCUGUAGCCAAGUUCACCCUCCACUUGUCACAACUUUCAGCUGCAUGAAUACUCAUCUCCCUUUUACUGGCUCCCUGUAAGUCAACCCCCCCACACACACACACAGACACAGUUAAUUUGGUCAUUUAGCUUCUCUUAUGUAGUUGAAGUAGAAUGUUAUAGCAGUUUGUAAAGGGAAUUUGUAUGAAGACAGUUUUAAAACAGGUAAAUCAACUGUGUCAAACUGGAGAAAUGGUUUUUAAUAGGCAUAGAGUGGCUGCUUUUAAUGUCCCACUAUUUUGAAACAGCAGAGAGCAAAAAAUAAAAAA